AAAACAACUACUUUAAGACUUCAUACAAGUUUUGAGUUUUGUUUGGGCUCUGCGGAGAAACUUUCUCUGCUUUGUGAGUUCAGCCAUUAAUGUCCUGAAUUCAGUAUAGCAUAUAAAUGAUAUCUUCUGUGAUAUAACUGUAACCAUAUAGUGCAAUUCUUCCUUUCUUGGUUGGAUUGUGUUCAAUAAUUUUGUCCACCUUUUGGGUAGAGUAGCUCACCUCCUGAAAUCAAUCAAGUUGAUGAAAGCUAUCUGCGGGUGGAAUUGUUUAGGAAGCUUUCCUUAAUUUGUGGGUGAAGUAGUUUUAUUGGUGUUGGAGUUGUGUUAGGAAGCUUUCUCUAUCUCGAGGAUAGCGUGCUUUUGUUUGUGUAGUGUUAAAAGGAGGCGGUCUCCACCUGGUGGAUAGACUCCUCAAUCUCCUCAAGUUUGUCUAGAGUACAUAAUUACUAUCUCCUUAAGCCUGGAACAUCCGAAUAUAUAUUUGUUUUCUUUGGGAUCGAGACUCCAAUAGUGUUCCAAGCUUUGGGCUCCUUUAAAAUGGAAGAAGAACAAAAUUUAUCAAAGUUUGCCAGUGGGGGAGUGCUGGACAAGAAAGGAAAUCCAGCAGACAAGUCUAAGACUGGUGGAUGGACUGCAGCUGCCAUUAUUUUAGGGGCGGAACUUUCAGAAAGAAUGUGUGUCAUAGGCAUAGCAUCAAACUUGGUUACUUACUUGGUUGGGAAGUUGCAUCUUUCAAAUGCAGACGCAGCAAAUAUUGUCACUAAUUUUAUGGGAACUCUGUAUCUGUUGUGCUUAUUUGGGGGAUUUAUAGCAGACUCCCUGCUUGGCCGUUUCAAGACAAUUGCAAUAUUUGGCACAAUUCAAGCUCUGGGAGUUGGUUUACUGGCCUUUUCGACCUCACUGCCAAGUUUGCAGCCUCCAGCAUGCACAGAUAACCACCAGUCUUGUAUUCAAGCGAGUGGGAAAAUGAUGGCCUUUCUCUAUGCCUCUCUUUACAUCACUGCUUUUGGUGUAGGAGGGGUAAAAUCCAACGUUUCAGGAUUUGGGUCAGACCAGUUUGACAAUGAGGAUCCCAAGGAGCAGAGAAAAAUGAUCUAUUUCUUCAACAGAUUCUAUUUCUGCAUCAGCAUUGGCUCCUUAUUUGCAGUCACAGUGUUAGUGUACAUACAGGACAAUAUAGGAAGGGGAUGGGGCUAUGGAAUCCCUGCAGGUAGCAUGAUUUUGGCAGUGGCACUAUUACUUGGAGGCUCAUAUCUAUAUAGAUUCAGAAAACCUGUAGGAAGCCCUCUUACACAAAUAGCCCGAGUCCUUGUUGCAGCAUGGAGAAAUAGGAGAAUGAGUUUGCCUCCUGACCCAAGUCUCCUCAACCAGGAUGGAUAUGGCAACGCCAUAGAUCCUACCAAAAGAAGAAUCCUUCACACCAACCAAUUCCCGUGCCUAGACAAGGCCGCCAUAUUGGAUCCAAACAUGGUCCAAAGUUCUAAAAGUAGCCCAUGGAAGCUGGCCACUGUAACUCGGGUGGAAGAAGUCAAGAUGGUACUCAGACUGCUGCCUAUUUGGUCUAGUUGCAUCAUGUUCUGGACAGUCUACUCCCAGAUGACAACAUUCUCAGUAGAGCAAGCCGAUACCAUGGACAGAAGAAUCGGAUCCUUCAAGAUUCCAGCAGCUUCCUUGCAAAUAUUUUUGGUAGGAAGCAUUAUGCUCUUCACAACUUUAAGUGAAAAGGCCAUCGUUCCCUACUUGAGGCGCUUGACAGGAAAUGUGCAUGGAAUCACCAGCCUUCAGAGGAUAUCUGUGGGUCUGGUUUUAUCAAUCGUUGCCAUGUUGGCAGCUGCUUUAGUGGAGAAGAAACGCCUGGAUACAGCAAAAGAACAUGGACUGAGCCAAAAUCAAAAUGCUACUGUUCCGGUCAGUGUGUAUUGGCUAGUCCCACAGUUUUUCCUGGUGGGUGCAGGGGAAGCCUUUGCCUAUGUUGGUCAGCUUGAAUUCUUCAUCAAGGAAUCCCCAGUGACUAUGAAAUCAAUGAGCACAGGCCUUUUUCUAAGCACACUUUCUCUGGGCUUCUACUGGAGCAGCCUCUUGGUUACCAUGGUCAAUAAGGUCACCAAACAUGGGAAGAACAGGGGUUGGCUUCCAAGCAACCUGAACAGUGGAAGAUUAGAUUACUUCUAUUGGCUUCUUGCAGUUUUGAGUGUCAUCAACCUUGUGAUAUUCUUCUUUUUUGCCCGCUGGUAUAAGUACAAAGAGGAAUGGGGAAGCAAUGAAGAGGAUGAGAACUCCACCAAUAUGAAGGAACUGAACACAAAUCUAGAGAAAACAAAAACUGAAGAGCUUGAAGUAUACGUGGAUGUUUGAGUCAAUGAAGAUUCAAAGUUUUCUGUGUCACUGGAAAUAAGUUCUGAAGAAAUUGUAGCUGCAGAAAAUCUAUUUCUGCAAUAUCUUCAGUGAUAAGCAGCGGUUUUUCAUGCUACAGGCUAGCCAUCAGGGUCAUAGGAUCUAUAAGACCCCUUUAUAGGAGCAUAAAGUAGAGAUUUCUUAAGUUUGCCAUAGAUAUAAAUACUGUUCAAUUUUUUAACCUAUCUGUAUGAGAGGCUUAUCACCACCAUUAGACUACAUCCUUCCAGAAUAAAGAAUCAUCAUCUAGCAGUCGAAGCAGAAACAUAGACGCACAUGUGAAGUAUGCAUGGCCUCUGUAAGAUCAAACAGAAGUUGAAGACAGUAAAUAUCUAUAAGGCCAUGCGUUUUAAUGACAGAAAUUUUCAUUGUAAUUCUUAGACUCUUGUCUUGGGCACUCAUUUUCAGAUUGACAAUUCAACAAAUUGUUCUCAACGUUCCCUUACACAUUUUGUGGAAUGGUGAGUUGAAGUUGUGAUGUAGGAAUAGAAGUAUCUUCUGGAUUUGUGAUGGGAACUGAUUAGAAGAUGAUCGAAGAUGGAUUGUGUUUUCAGCCAAUUUUUCUAAUGUAUAAAAAUUUUAAUUCUGAAAUUUUCCAAGCUCUCUCCUCAUGUCUCUUA